AGGUGACGGCACGGCUGGGCGCUGGGGCGCGAGGGGCGGGGCGCAGGCAGAGGGGACGAUGGGGCUCUGAGGGAGCUGCACCCCGCCGCACCGAGCUGCUCGCCCACCGUCCCCGGUCGGAGCGGGAGGCGCCGCGGCCUGCGGAGCCGGCUGGGGCUGGGGUUGUGGCUCGGGCUCCGGGCCGGGAUCGGGCUCGGGGCCGCCACAGGCCCAGCUGCUGUCCCGAGAAGCGGAGAAGGCGUAGGGGGAAAAGAAAAUAGAAGUUAUCAAGAUGAGUAAAAAGCCUCCAAGUCGUCCAGGGAUCACAUUCGAGAUCGGUGCUCGUUUGGAAGCACUGGACUACUUACAAAAAUGGUAUCCAUCUCGCAUUGAGAAGAUAGACUAUGAAGAGGGGAAGAUGUUGGUCCAUUUUGAACGUUGGAGUCAUCGCUAUGAUGAGUGGAUUUAUUGGGACAGCAAUAGAUUACGACCCCUGGAACGACCAGCACUAAGGAAAGAAGGGCUAAAAGAUGAUGAUGAAUUUGUUGAUUUUAAACCUGGAGAAGAGGUGCUAGCUCGUUGGACAGACUGUCGAUAUUACCCUGCUAAGAUUGAAGCAAUUAACAAGGAGGGAACCUUCACAGUACAGUUCUAUGAUGGAGUUAUUCGAUGUCUAAAAAGGAUGCAUAUCAAAUCUAUGCCUGAGGAUGCCAAAGGGCAGGCGCGCGAGAGGGAGCAGAUAGCGCCGGAGCUGAGAUUAGUGACGGAAAUCGAACCAAAAGAAGAUUGGAUAGCUUUGGUCAAAGCUGCAGCAGCAGCAGCAGCCAAGAACAAAGCAGGAAGUAAACCGCGGACCAGUGCAAACAGCAAUAAAGAUAAAGAGGAGAGAAAAUGGUUUAAAGUACCUUCAAAGAAGGAAGAAACCUCAACCUCUACGAUCAUACAGGAAGUCCAGAAAAAAGAAGAGGAGCCUACAUCGAGUGAAACGUUCGUAGGAUUCCCAGUAGUAGACGUUCCAAAGAUGGCAUUUGUGCGGGCAGAGAAUACAUUAUCGAACAAGAGGAAAAGUAAUCUAGGCAACUCAUUUCAGGCAAAGAGAGCUCGUCUUAACAAAAUCACUGGUUUGUUGGCAUCCAAAGCUGUUGUUGUGGAUGGUGCUGAAAAAAAGGAAGGCAACAAAGAAACAGCUCCAGUCCUGGAGCAGGAGAUUUCACCUAAACCUCAAAGUCAGAAAAAAAAUGAAGCUGAUAUUAGCAGUUCUGCCAACACUCAGAAACCUGCACUGUUAUCCUCAACUUUGUCUUCAGGAAAGGCUCGCAGCAAGAAAUGCAAACAAGAAUCUGGAGAUUCUUCUGGGUGUAUAAAGCCCCCUAAAUCACCACUUUCCCCAGAGUUAAUACAAGUCGAGGAUUUGACACUGGUCUCUCAGCUUCCUUCUUCUGUGAUAAAUAAAACUAGUCCAUCACAGCCAGUGAAUCCCCCUAGAUCCUACAAAUAUAGCCAGAGGAGAAGAAGAUCACAGCGUUUAGCCACUUGCUCGUUGCCUGAUGAGUCUAUACAAAAAGUUCCUUCUCCCUCUCCAGUCACUGAUGGAAAAGUGUUCUCCAUCAGUGCUCAAAAUCAACAGCCAUCAAUAUCAGAGGUACCUGAUGUUGCUCAUAUGUCACUUGAGAAGCGUGGACCAUGUCUCCCUCUUGACUUAAGCCGUAGUUUGGAAGUUACAGCACCAUUAUCCACAGAAUCCACUUUCCGUAAUGAGUACCCCAGUAAAGAAAAGGAAGAUACUCAGAUGAUUACAUAUCAUUCUUCCAAAGCAGUAACUGAUGGAAGAGUAGCUACAACAGCGUCAGCACCCUCGUCCCAUGUACAUGCCUUACAUCUGGAAAUGCCUUUAACCAAUAGUCUAAAGUUACCCAAAGGGAAUAGUAAAAAAAAGAGGUCCUCCACGUCAGUCAGCUCUGAAGGGACAGAGAUACAGUUCUCUGUGCCUGUAAAGGAGAAAUGUUUUGAGAAUCUGCAGGAGAAAAUGUUAAAGAAGGUCAUUGAGAAGGACAAGCAUUCAGAAGUUGGUAUACUGAAAACUGAAAAAAAGGUGAAAUUGGAAGAGAAAAGCUCAUCAUCAUUUGGUAAAAAGAAAGAAAAAGAUAAAGAGAAGAAAGAGAAAAAGGAAAAAGAUCAUAAAUCAAAACAGAAGAAGAAGAAGAAAAAGAAGAAGAAAGCGAAACAGCAUGAUUAUUCGGAUUAUGAAGAUAGUUCUCUUGAGUUUUUGGAAAGGUGCUCCUCUCCACUCACACGGUCUUCUGGGAGCUCUCUGACUCUGCGAAGCAUGUUUACAGAGAAGAACACUUCAUACCAGUAUCCAAGAGCCAUUCUGUCUGUCGACCUGAGUGGAGAAAACCUCUCGGAUGUGGAGUUCUUAGAUGAUUCCUCCACAGAAAGCUUAUUACUGAGUGGUGAUGAAUACAAUCAGGACUUUGAUUCAACCAAUUUUGAAGAGUCUCAGGAUGAAGAGGAUGCUCUCAAUGAAAUUGUUAGAUGCAUCUGUGAAAUGGAUGAGGAAAAUGGCUUCAUGAUUCAGUGUGAAGAAUGCCUGUGCUGGCAACAUAGUGUAUGUAUGGGAUUAUUAGAGGACAGCAUUCCAGAGCAGUACAUCUGUUACAUCUGCAGGGACCCACCAGGUCAGAGAUGGAGUGCCAAAUAUCUUUACGAUAAGGACUGGUUAAACAAUGGGCAUAUGUGUGGAUUAUCAUUUUUAAAAGAAAAUUACUCUCACCUUAAUGCCAAAAAGAUAGUGUCAACACACCACCUGCUGGCUGAUGUGUAUGGUGUAACUGAAAUACUACAUGGACUGCAGCUGAAGAUUGGGAUACUAAAAAAUACACAUCACCCUGAUCUUCAUCUUUGGGCUUGCUCAGGGGUACGAAAAGAGCAAGAGCAAGUAACAUUUGGGGUAGAGAAGAAAAUAGUGACUUUGCCAGAUACUGUUAAUCCAUCUGAAAGGACAUGUCACAACCAAAGCCAUAAAGAACCACCCCCUAGUUUACCCCAGAAGAUGGAAGAAACUUACAUUAUAAGCGAGCACAGUUACCAGAAACCACAGAGUUUUGGUCAGGACUGCAAAUCAGUUACUGACCAUGUGAGCUCAGAUGAUGAAGAUAUAAGUAGCUUUGAGGAAGAUCAGGAAUUUUGUUCAGAUGAUAAAAACUGUUUACAAUAUUCUUUAAAAGAAGAUGGCGUGAGUGAGCAGAAGAACACUGUUGAAGGGAAUGUGGUGUGUGCUUGUAAUGAAAAAAAAGGAUCAGAAGAACAAGUGGAUUCCCAUCUUCAAUGGCAGCUAAAUCUCCUUACCCACAUAGAGAAUGUACAGAAUGAAGUCACCAGCAGAAUGGACCUUAUUGAAAAAGAAGUUGAUGUUUUAGAAAGCUGGCUUGACUUCACUGGAGAGCUGGAACCACCCGAUCCUCUUGCAAGACUGCCUCAACUCAAGCGACGUAUCAAACAGCUCUUAAUUGACAUGGGGAAAGUACAGCAAAUAGCCACGCUGUGCUCUGUAUGACAAAAGGAAGAAUAAAGGAAUAAAAAUAGGCUCUCUACAGUGAAUUUUCUUAUCAGCCACAAGACUGGCAGGAGGACAGCAAAAAGCUGGAUAUUUGUCUAGUUCUGGGCUGAUUACAUUUUUAGCCUGAAGCUUUGGAGAAAAGAAAGGAAAUCUAGAGUAAGGAAAUUAACACUGAAAAGCUAAAUACUCUGUAUUCAAGAUGCAAAUUACAAUAUGUCACAUAUUGAGGAACAUUGACAUGGUCUACAAUAUGAUAAAUAAGACAUGUGAAGUGACAGAAUUUCUCCUUCAGGUCAUACAAGAAGAUUCAAGAAAUCUCUGCAAUGGAAAAUGCUAUAAUUUUAUAGUCAGUAGCAGAAAGAGCCAAACUCUCAAAUGUCAGUGGGAAAAAUGUACAAUCGUAAUUAUUUUUUCUCCCAUUGCUAGUGAAAAUACAGACACAGAGAGAUCCAUAGCCUCUCUACAGUUGGUCCACCCCCAAAGUUUUAGGCAGGUAACUGAUCUUUUGCAGUCCAUGAACUAUUUCUUAUCUAAUUAGUGUUAUUUGGGAAAAUGAAAACAUUUGCUUCACUUUUGAAAGAAACAGGAUGUGGUGGUCUCCUUAUAAAUAUUUUUUUUAAUGGAAAUCCUCAUUACAGCACCCUUAGGCUCUUUUAAAAACGUAAGUGGCAAACAGUGGUCAGAUGUGCCAAAUAAUACUAAAACCACUGGGAUGACAGUUUGAAGAUAGUGAAAUACAUGGAGAGUUUUGUUCAAAGUUCUACCUGGUGCCAGCAAUCCAUCCAAAAUUGUAUCUAGUUUAUAUUUUUUUACGUUCUAUUGCAGUAUUCAGGAUUCCAAGUACAUUUUGUCCUGGGUAGUUCAGCUUGGUGUUAGCCCUCUGAAUCUUUACCAACCUCAUCUGGGAUGAGGAAUGACAAAAGCAGCAAAACUGCUUGUUUGUGGCUGUGAAUUAUUAAACCACUAGAUUGAAUAUCGCAAAGAUACAUUAUCUAGGAUGUUUUUAUAAAACUUUUAGCUUCAGUCAUAAGUGAGUAAAACAUCAUGAAACCAAAGGCAACCUAGUUGCUCUGUUAGCUCUUGCUGGAUUUUGAGCUCAGGACCUUCUCUUUGCCUGUGCUCAUGUAAGUUGUCACUGCACCCAGUGCUACAUAUGUAUGUGUAGGUAUAUGUGUAUAUACACACACAUUCAUAUGUACAUACUAUAUACAUAUUUAUAUCUACACAUGUCUAGUUUUAUUACUAUAGACUAUAAGAACUGGUGGUUAACAUGAAAUGUUACCUUUUAACAAGCAGUUUAUAAAAUUGAAAAUAAUGUAUGUACAGGUUUUGGAAUUUGUAAAAUAUGACUGUUAAAAGGAGGCUAUUUAAUUGAUGACAUAAGAUACUUGAACAUUUUAUGCCUCACAACUGUUUAUCAGUUCUAGUUUUCUGUAUAAAUGCAUUUUAGAACCGAUAGACAGUAAACUUGAAUUUACCUUUUGAUAAGAGUACAAGCCACUGUACAUUCAAAAAUUAUUUAAAUUUGCAAACACACUGUUCUAUAUGUAAGGUACUGUAUGUAAAACUGUUUAUUAAAACUAUUCUGCAUACUCUACAUUUUCCACUUUUCUUCCUGUCCUAUACAGAAAUGUAAAAAAGUGAUUAAAAUAAUGUACAGACCAUAAAAAACUUGAAUUUUUGAAUGCCUGUUGAGGAUUCAGAUAAUCGAAAAGUGUGCCAAAAAUGGAUUGUGUACAAAAGAUGUUGAAACUAGUGCUUUGAACUUUCAUCAUAAAACCAUCAUUGAGAGAGAAAGUAGCAUGCCCGGGUGCUUAUUGAAAAAUGCCUACACUAAAGUCUCUAAUUUAUCUGUCAUGUCUGAAGUAAGUUAAUGCUAUUAAUAUUUUAACUCUAAACCAAAUGUGUCAAUGUCCGUUAUAGAAUGAUACCUAUUUAAAAGGUCUCUUCAACAGCAGUUACCACACCAUUGUAUUGGCAAUAUUACAGCUCUGUAUUAAUUCCAAAACUCAACUCAAUCUUAAUUAUGUAGCAGGGAUUGGCAUCUCCAUAAUUUAAAGAGGAAAUACAGUAACUGAGGAAUAUGUCAAGGAAUGUUGAUUUUUUUUUUAUGGCAACCACUACAAUAUUUAACAAAAUACCCUGAUGUUUUAUACAGGAUAAUUUGAUGCUUAAAUGACUACUUAAGACACAUUUCACAGUAUUAACAGCUGUUGAAAGUGAUCUACUUGCUCUUUGGAUAUGCAAGAUACUGUUAUAUAUUAUUCACUUGCUGCAUAUCCUUAAAUGUGGUACUGUGUGUACUGUAUAGAAUAAAUGUAAAUCUUAAUACACAAUUUGAAACAAAGUAUAUAGUAUUUACAUAAUAUAUACAGUACAUACUGGUGCUAUGUUAUACAAUGUGUGUAUGCAUGUGUGAGAUACCAUAUAACUGUAAAUGUAAUGAACGGAGAGAUGGACUGAGGUUUCAAGUUGUAGGAAGGAGGUUCCUUGCUUUGGGCCCAUCACAGCAAAGUUACAAUGAGAUGUGAGAAUAUUAUCCCUAAAAGGUGGCUAUUGUAUGAGCUGAGGACCCGGAGGUAGUCUCAGAUGCAGGUACUAGGAGGUGGUCACUGGUGUAGACAGGGCCUACACUUUUAAAUAUAUAUUACAUAUAAAAAACUACUGUAAAGUAUUGUAUGAUUUCAAAGUUAAGUUAUCAAAAGUUAGGCAAUGUCUGAAUUAAGGUUGCCUAUGCAAUUCAGCCUUCUGCCAUAUGCAUUGUGUUAGUCUUUUAACUUGCAAGGUGUCACUUUUUUUUAACCCCCACAGGACCCUGCCUCUUUCAGUGCACAGAAUAGGUAGGGCCCCCUGAAUGAGUAACUUUUCAAUAUUUCUGUUUACCCUCAUUCAUUUGGUAGCCAAAUGCAUAAUAUUUACCACAUACCAUUUAAACCAUGCACUGCAUACAAAAUUAUUCAUUUCUUCAUGGGCUUUUCUAUGACACACAUCACUGUGAAUGCUUCACAAACUUUAAGGUAACUUGGUAUCAUCAACUCCACUUUAAAGAUGGGAAACUGACUAAUAGAGAGAUUAAGGCCAGAAUUGUCAGGCGCCCAACUUGUGAAACACUUGGGACCUGAUUUUUUUCAGAGCAUUUUUAUAGCACUUUAUAUGUUCAGUGGACGCACUGACUUCAGUUAUGGUUGUAAGUGCUCGGCACUUCUGCAGAUCUGGCCCCAAAUGUUCCCUGUUGGGCACCUAAAAAAAGAGAGAAACGCAAUUAGUGGCCACCUAUGAAUUUUGGUCUAAAUGACAUAGGAACUCUGUGGCAAAGCAGGGAUCGGUUCCAAGUCUCAGAAUGUUAUCCAGUUGUCUUGAUCAUAAGACUAUUGUCAAGGUUCCUUCCCCACUCUGAACUCUAGGGUACAGAUGUGGGGACUGCAUGAAAGACCCCCUGAGCUUAUUCUUACCAGCUUAGGUUAAAAACUUCCCCAAGGUACAAACUUUGCCUUGUCCUUGAACCCUAUACUGCCACCACCAAGCAUGUUAAACAAAGAACAGGGAAAGAGCCCACUUGGAGACAUCUUCCCUCAAAAUAUCCCCCCAAGCCCUAUACCCCCUUUCCUGGGGAAUGCUUGAUAAAAAUCCUCACCAAUUUGCACAGGUGAACACAGACCCAAACCUUUGGAUCUUAAGCACAAUGAAAAAUCAGUCAGGUUCUUAAAAGAAGAAUUUUAAUUAAAGAAAAGAUAAAAGAAUCACCUCUGUAAAAUCAGGAUGGUAAAUACAGGGUAAUCAGAUUCAAAACACAGAGAAUCCUUCUAGGCAAAACCUUAAAUUACAAAAAGACACAAAAACAGGAAUAUACAUUCCAUUCAGCACAGCUAUUUUACCAGCCAUUUAAACAAAAGGAAAUCUAACACAUUUCUAGCUAGAUUACUCACUAACUUUUUACAGGAGUUCUGAGCUGCAUUCCUGAUCUGUUCCCGGCAAAAGCAUCACACAGACAGCCAGACCCUUUGUUUCCUCCUCUCCCACAGCUUUGAAAGUAUCUUGUCUCCUCAUUGGUCAUUUUGGUCAGGUGCCAGCGAGGUUAUCUUAGCUUCUUAACCCUUUACAGGUGAAAGGGUUUUGCCUCUGGCCAAGAGGGAUUUUAUAGCACUGUGGACAGAAAGAUGGUUACCCUUCCCUUUAUAUUUAUGACAACUAUCCUUUCUCAUCCUGCAGUUCUUUGCCUCUUUCACCACAUGCCCUCCUCAAAAAAUGAGGCAGGCAUCUUACAAUCAACUGCCUCAUUCACUACACAACUCUGAUUCAUUCCCAAAGCACCAUUUACACUGUGCACUGAAUGAGGCAGAAGUGGGGGGGGGGGGGAAUAGUAUGUGAUGCUGUAACUAAAGACUGUAUCACAAUGCAUGUGCACAAAGGGACCAAAUUAAGGUUGCACAAGCUUAUUUCCUAACUUCAGGAUGCUUGACUUUGCAGUCGUUUACAGUGGGUUUUUUUAAUGUAGUUUUUUAACUUAAUUUAAGGGUUUUUUUUAAAAAGCAAACAAGGGAAAAGAAAACAAAAAGGAAUUCCAUCAUACAAAGCCAUACUGUGACAACACACAGGGCUACUCAGCAGUGUUGGAACCUUUAAAUCCACAGCAGACUUCUGCCACUUGAGCUCAUAGAGUAACUAGUAAUAGUAGUUGGCUAUUAUCCUCUCUGGACCAACCACUAAGGAAGAUGAGAGACUUUGCAAGUGGGUUUCACGGAUUUUUGCUAGACAGUGAAUGUUGAGACUCAAAGUCCCUAUGUUUUGUUUUACACUUCAGAGGGGAGCAUUCUCAAGUGGAUACAGACUCUUGUGCCCCUUUCUCCCACUUCCCAGCUUGACCCUUUUUGCUUAUCUGCUAGCAUCUCCCCUUGUUAUCUUGUUUCUCGGCUCCUGUCCAUCCUCUAGCUUACACCUGUUUCCCCUCCGCUUCCCCCCGCCACCCCUCUGCUCCUCAGCCUUGUGCAGUUGCGUUAGGCUGUGUCCUCCUCCUGUUGCCUGGGUGUCACCUGGGAAACCAUUUAAACACUGGAGAGAAGGUUUCCAUGCUUUGUUCUGCUGCUCCAUCAGCCUUUGGCUGGUGGAGGGGGAGGUGUGAGGCAAUUGUAGGGAAAGUUCUGCUCCGCCCCUGCAGCCUUGGGCUGGAGCAUGCUCGGUGAGCUCUGUGAAGGUGGAAUAUGCAGUGUAAACAGAAUCUUCUGAGAUUAUUGUUAGGUAGGUCUCUAACAAAUCUCUGCUGAGCAUGUGCACAGGUGACUUUCAGAGGCUUGUAAUUUGGCCAAAUUUGGGUGGAUUUUCUCUGCACUAAACAUCUUUCUGACACCCCCCUCCAUGCCAAAUUCCUAGCCCUUGCUCCAAGGCAUAGAGGCUCUAGGGCAGUGGUGGGCAACCUGCGGCCCAUUAGGGUAAUCCGCUGGCGGGCUGCAAGACAGUUGGUUUACAUCGACCAUCCGCAGGCACGGCCGCCCGCAGCUCCCAGUGGCUGCAGUUUGCUGUUCCCGGCCAAUGGGAGCUGCGGGAAGCGGCAGCCGUGCCGCAGGUUGCCCACCACUGCUCUAGAGCUUCUCAGCUAAACUGCUAUAAGAAUUUUUUAGCAUGAGCUAAACAAUGUCAUUUCAUGUAACCUUGAUCACAGAAACAAGAACUAGUUUGAUGAAACAUUUAAAAAAAUCAGCCUGAGGCAGACAGACCCUGGCUUGGAGAAUUUCAGCCUGGAUGGUUAAAGUUUGCAGUUAUAAGCAGCUGAAAAUCAGGUCUUUAUAAUGGAAAUGCUGGACAGCCUUAACUUUAUUGCAGGUCCUGAUGGGUAUAUAAGUUCUGUCACAGUUGCCUGUAGUGAUCCUACCCUCACACCACAAUGUACCUUUGCUGGGGUGAGUCCCAAGCGUGGAACUUCUUUUCUACCCCGCCCGCACUUUAUGCCUUGUGAAAUCUUUCAGGACAUUCCCUCCUUUUAGAGAGCAUUUGUUAAAGUCGAGGUUUUUAUUAAUUUUGGGGAUGACCAUUGCUCCUGUAUUUUAUUUUAUCUUUUUUCUUUUGUAUUGAGUCACCAUGUAAUCACUUUAACAAGGGUGAUUUUUGUUACAAUGCUUUCAUGUAUAUUUAAAAAUGGUUUUGUUAUGUGGUGUCCCAAGCACUGGGGAUGGGGGUGGUGUCUUUAGCAAUAAGCAUUAUAUACACUGUGUGUAUUUGUUAUACUUGGAGAAUAGGUAUGGAGCACUUGACAAUGGUGAAAAUACACUAGAAUAAAGAAAAGCAUGUUUCUCUGGAAGACGUUCUGCACCAGCCUGGGCAACUCAUAACUACUGGAAAAAUGUGAAAUGUACAUGGAGAAAAUGAAUAGUGCAGAAAACAUUAAUAUAAUGAACUUCCAAAACAUGCCAUAUAAUCAAGACUGUGUGUAUGUGCAUUUGGGAUGCUAUUAACAGUAGAUGAGUUAACACCGUUUUCUAGCGAUUGGUUGAUUAAAUAAAAUCUAGUCUAAUGCAAAUUAAGCGAUUAAACAGCUACUCAGUCUUUUUCGGACUUGCUCACAACCGUCUCCAUUCUGUUAGUGCCUCUCAAUGCAUUGUCACUGAAAGGUCUGAGAGAGGCAGCACUGAAUGGCUUAAUCUUCCAUGAGAGAAGCAAGGUAUUUUCUUUUACAGUUUGUUUUAUAAUAGCAAUAAUGUUGAUUGCAUUUUAAUAUACUCACAAUAAAGGCCUAUUGAGAUUGGUUAA